UCUCCUUUCGACUCUGACUCGAGAAAUAACCUGAAAAUGUCUGGACGUGGAAAGACCGGAGCCGGAAAGGCCAGAGCAAAGGCAAAGAGCCGAUCAUCCCGUGCCGGACUCCAGUUCCCCGUCGGCCGUGUCCACAGGCUGCUGAGGAAGGGAAACUACGCUCAGCGUGUCGGUGCCGGAGCUCCGGUGUACCUGGCCGCCGUGCUGGAGUACCUCACCGCUGAGAUCCUGGAGUUGGCCGGAAACGCCGCCCGUGACAACAAGAAGACCAGAAUCAUCCCCCGCCAUCUGCAGCUGGCCGUCCGCAACGACGAGGAGCUGAACAAACUGCUCGGUGGAGUCACCAUCGCUCAGGGAGGCGUCCUGCCCAACAUCCAGGCCGUCCUGCUGCCCAAGAAGACCGAGAAGGUCGCCAAGAAGUAAAUACCCGGAUCCGACUUGAACACAACACAACGGCUCUUUUAAGAGCCACACACUCCUAACUAACGAGACAGUUCCUCUUGAUUAUCAGUGACUAUUACUGAGAAGUUAUCAAUGAUAUGAAUAACAGCCACUAUAUAUAUAUAUAUAUAUAUACUUUAUUUAUCCUGAGUAAUCCUUGUGUAUGUUUCCAACAGUAAACAAUAAACCUACAAUGAGAAACUUAUAACACAGUGAACUGUGCAGAUGGAGGCAGGAUUUGUCCUUUAUCCUCCCUUGCUCUAACUAGGAGCUGUUGCAGUCUGUAAAUAAAGGAACACAUUAACAUUGUUUACAGAAACAGGUAGCUGGGAUAACUUAACAGUGUAUAAAGUCAGGAAAGUAAAGAAACAGUUUGAAUAUAAAAUUUGCUAAAAUGGACUUAGUCUUUAAGUAGACUAGCAUGUAACUAAAAAUAGCAUCACCAUGAUUUAUAGGAACAAAAAUGCAGAAACGGUUCAAUAAUACUUAUGUUGGAUUUGAAUAUAGAUAAUUGUAUAAUUUUAUCUGCAAUUUAUGCUGCUAAACUGCAUUUAACUGCAGUCUUUCUUGCAUUUAAUUACUCGCUUUCUUUUUUUCUACUUAUGUUAUCUGUAUGUGCUUACAUUUGGCUAAUUGAUUUAUUUUAGGUUAGCCUUUAUUUUAUUUCUUAACUCUAACCCUGUAUUACUUUCCCACUUUUGUAUUGCAACAGUAAGGAUUCAAUACUUUGCCAUACAACUCAGUGCAAGUUGCUAUGGAUUUGCUUCAGUGUGCUCAGGACAUCAACAUAUUGAUACAUAUACGAUAUCCCACACAGUAUCACACUUGAUACACGCAGAUAAAA